AUGUCGUCCGACAAAAAGACCGAUUCCAACGAUGCAGAUAACGGGCUUAAACCGAUGCAGUCAGUCGGACAGGGGGAGGUUGAACAAUUAGGUGAUGGAGAGGGCUCAGUCAAGCCUGUGAAUCCAGCUAGGGAGGAGACCGGGCUCAAGAGGGACCUGGCGCAGAGGCACCUUAUGAUGCUUGCCAUUGGGGGCGUCAUCGGGCCAGGUUACUUCGUGGGCAUGGGCACAGGUCUGUCCACAGCCGGCCCUGCAGGCCUGCUUAUCUGCUUCGCAACAGUUGGCGCUCUUCUCUGGGCUGUCAUGCAGUGCCUUGGAGAACUGGCGGCGUUCUUGUCAACCCCAGGAUCGUUCACGGAUUACACCGCUCGCUUCAUCGACCCGGCAUUUGGCUUUGCGUUGGGUUGGAACUACUGGUUUCUGUGGGCUGGAAUUCUCAUGGCCGAAUACAAUAAUCUGAGCCUGGUACUCGGAUUCUGGCAGUCAGCUAUGCCAACAUGGGGCUGGGUGCUUGUAUUCUGGUUCAUCUUCCUAUCAUUCACCUUCCUCGGCGUCUACACAUUCGGCGAAGCAGAAUUCUGGCUCUCCGCCGCCAAACUCCUCUUCAUCGCAGCCUUCUUCCUCUGCGCCAUCCUCAUAUCCAGCGGCGCCAUCGGCGGCGAGAAGAUCGGCUUCAAAUUCUACAAAGACCCGGGCGCCUUCGCCGACGGCGCCAAGGGCGUCUUCAAGAUCUUCGUCUUCGCAGCCCUGCAAUACAGCGGCACGGAAAUGGUCGGGCUGACGGCGGGCGAGUCCGCCAAUCCCGUCCGCGACAUCCCCAAGGCCAUCCGGACUGUCUUCUACCGCAUCCUGAUCAUCUUCGUCGGCGGCAUCUUCUUCCUAACGAUAACCGUCCCCUACAACGACCCGAACCUCCUGUCCGCCGGCAGCAAAACCGCGCGCAGCCCCUUCGUCAUCGCCUUCACGCGCGUCGGCGCGACGGCGGGCGCGCACGUCGUCAACGCCGUCAUCCUCGUGACCAUCCUGUCCGCCGUCAACGGCGCGCUGUACGUCGGCUCGCGCACGCUGGUCGGGCUGGCGCAACAGCACCAGGCGCCGCAGCUGUUCCGCUGGACCAACGCACGCGGCGUGCCCGUGCCGGCGCUGGUCGUGACGAACGCGACGGGCUUCCUGUCGCUGCUCAACCUGUCGUCGGGCGCGGGCGAGAUCUACACGUGGAUCGUCAGCAUCACCGGCGUGUCGACCUUCAUCACGUGGGGGGCCAUCUGCGCGUGCCAGAUCCGGCUGCGGCGGGCGAUGCGCGCGCAGGGCGUGCCGCUGGAGGACUUGCCGUUCCGCGCGCAGUGGGACGGAUUCACGCCGUGGUUCGGGCUGGGGCUGUCGGUGUUUUUUAUCUUCUUUCAGGGCUGGACGGCGUUUGCGCCGUGGGAUGCGGAGACUUUCGUCAUGAAUUACGUGACCAUCGCCAUCUUUAUCACCUUGGCGGUGAGUUGGAAGGUGUUGAAGAAAUCGAAGUGGGCGAGGAGUGAGAGCGCGGAUCUCUGGACGGGCCGGAGGUGUUGA